ACCUCGACAAAAGCCGUCCAAACGCGCGCGAUAACGAUUCAAUUGCAGGUGACUAAAAUAAAGAGCGCUCAAUUUUUAUCAUUUCCGCUCAGUUGGUCACGGGAAAUUGCACGCGAAGGGUAGUUUGUUGACGGGUUUUGUUUAGAUUUUGAGAGUUUAGUAUAAGAAAAGCAGACAUAAUGAGCUGUGGAGCAUGGCUGGAGAUGAACCAGAAGAACAAGCCGCAGUCAAAUACGCUUGCUGCAGGCAUCAUGACGCUUCUUCUAACCGGAAUGAUCGUUGGGUCAACGAUCUUCAACAUGGACCUCCAGCACCAACCCUGGACGUUUGAACACUCCAGCACGGAAGUGCUGCUAGUUUCCAUCUCGUUCUAUAUGGCCGCCAUCGUCGGCUCCCUAGCCGGAUACUUCCUGGUGGAACGCUACGAAAAGAAACCGAUCUCAAAAGUGUACCUCGUACUGUCAAUCGUAGCAAGCGUGCUGCUGAUCGCCCUCCCCGAUCACAUAGCAAGCGUUGCGUUUGCCCGGAUCCUGCUUGGGCUGGCGCACGGCAUGGCCUACCUUGUCGUACUGAUUCACGGUGGUGAAGUCUGUAUCAAGGAACUUCGCGGGCUGAACAUGGCCGCUGUUAACUUGUGUAUCAUGAUCGGUGUGAUGACUCACGGGUCAAUCAGUCCUACCUCGACGUACGGACAGGAUAUUGGAACGAAUCGAUUGGUCGGGAUUCUUGGAUUAGUCUACGUGGUAUUCGGUGGUGGAUUGGCCAUGUUUCUAACGUAUGAGUCCCCUGUUUACCUGAUUCAACGAGGUCGAGACGCUGAAGCAAUCCAGUCUAUGAUAAAGCUACGCAACGAGUCCACGGAAUCUUGGGAAAUCCGUAACGAUUACACCGAGUUCAAAACUAUGCUACAAGAGGACGAGGAAACGUCUCCGUCAAUCCUACAAGACGGAAACACCCGACCUUUACUCCUACUCAUCUUAUGCCGCAUUGCUUCCGUAGUAUCCUUCAACUUCGCCAUCAACCUCGUCCGGUUGAACAUCCUGGACAAGCUGUUCGGAGUCGACAACUACAGCUUCUCCGCGAUCGUAGUCCUCACCAUCCGCCUGCUCGUCGGAACCGUGUUCCUCUUCGUCAUCGACAAGUUCGGCCGUCGAGCGCCGAUGACCCUGUCGACCUUCACCAGCGGCUUCAUCCUCACCGUGCUGGGAAUGAUCUUCAUGGUUGCCGAUCACGUAACCCGCGACGUUCUGAUCGCGAUCAUGCUCACCUACGAGGUGGUCGCCUCCGCCGGAGUCACCAUGGUCCCGGACGCCUACUGUUCCGAAGCGUUCUCCACCAAGAAGAAGGCCUUCUCGAUCGCUACCACGCAAAUCGUCGAGAACGUGCUCCAGAUCGGGAUCACAGCCAUCGUGUUCAACUGGGACUUCACCGACGACGCGUACUACGGCGGGAUCAUGCUAUGCUGCGGAGUUCCCCUGCUCGCCAUGGCGGCAAUCUUCUACAAGUACCUACCGGAAACGACCAAGAUGACCAUCCGGCAGGCCCGAACAGAGUUCUCCAAGCGGGGCGAAAUCGUUUUCGGCGGAACGAAGCGACCGCAGAACUUCCUCAAUGACUAACGCUCAAUAAAGUCUGGGUUUUUUUACGCA